CCAUCUUCAGUUGCUCUUGCACCGGCUGCUGUGCUACGCUGCAAGAAAUCUCUACUGAGCAAAGAUCGCAGCACAGAUCCCCGCCUUCUAUGCCGGGAUCUCCUUGCCAAGAGCGUAUAAAGAAUGACCCAGUUACGCAAACUGCGUAAGGAACCGGUCAUGGCCACCUCGGGGAACCUGGUGGAGCAGCUGCAGCGCCGCAUCCAGGAGCUGGAGGAUAAGCUGGCCCAGGAGAGAGGAGGAGGGGGCCAGGGUCAGCGAGCGCGGAUCGAGCAGAUGAGUCCGGAGGUGACGGACUCCAAUCCGUACAGUCGCUUGAUGGCACUGAAAAGAAUGGGAAUUGUGAAAGAUUAUGAGAAAAUCCGCAGCUUUUCAGUAGCAGUAGUAGGUGUUGGUGGUGUUGGCAGUGUGACAGCUGAAAUGCUGACAAGAUGUGGCAUUGGUAAGCUGCUCCUGUUUGAUUAUGAUAAGGUGGAGCUGGCAAAUAUGAACAGGCUGUUUUUCCAACCUCAUCAAGCUGGACUGAGUAAAGUUGAAGCAGCGGAGUACACCUUGCGGAAUAUCAAUCCUGAUGUCCAGUUUGAAGUACAUAAUUACAACAUCACAACUGUGGACAAUUUUCAACACUUUAUGGAUAGAAUAAGUAAUGGUGGAUUAGAAGAAGGAAAACCUGUGGACCUUGUAUUGAGCUGUGUGGAUAACUUUGAAGCUCGCAUGGCUAUUAACACAGCCUGUAAUGAACUUGGACAAAUAUGGAUGGAAUCUGGAGUAAGUGAAAAUGCUGUGUCUGGUCAUAUCCAGCUGAUCAUACCCGGUGAAUCGGCUUGUUUUGCAUGUGCACCUCCACUUGUUGUAGCAGCAAACAUAGAUGAGAAAACGUUAAAACGGGAGGGAGUUUGCGCAGCAAGUCUUCCCACCACCAUGGGAGUGGUCGCUGGCCUUCUUGUCCAAAAUGUCCUGAAAUAUUUAUUACAAUUUGGUAGUGUGAGCUUUUAUCUUGGCUACAAUGCUAUGCAAGAUUUCUUUCCCACCAUGACAAUGAAGCCAAAUCCACAGUGUGAUGAUAGAAGUUGCAGAAAACAGCAGGAAGAGUACAAGAAAAAAACCGCAGCAAAUCCCAAACAAGAAGAAAUAGUUCUUGAAGAAGAAAUAGUACAUGAAGAUAAUGACUGGGGUAUAGAGUUGGUUUCGGAGGUUUCAGAAGAAGAGUUGAAAGCUGCUUCGGGUCCAAUUCCUGAUCUUCCAGAAGGAAUAAUGUUGGCGUACACAAUACCAAACAAAGAACCUAAUACUACAGCUGAAGAAACUGUUGCAGAAUCAGAAGAGAGUCUAGAAGAACUUAUGACUAAGAUGAAGAACAUGUAGUACAAAGGACACUUCAGAAAUUGGCAGCUUAUAAUGUUGCUUUGGCUCUUGGGGAUAAGCUUGUUAGGAAACAGGUUUUUUUCUUUUGUGACUGGUGUUUCAUCAUUGUUCUAAUUAUGUGUCUUAAAAUUGCUAUACGCAUAGACUUUCCAGAAGAUGCACGGGUCCACAUUUCCAAUGAAAACUCAGAUGAGAUGUGACAAGCGAGAAAAAUUUAGGAAUGUAACACAGAUGCCAGUUCCUUUUAGAUUAAUAUAAAGCCUGGAUUAAUUUUAUAGGGAACAAUCCACUUGUUGUAGUACACUACAUAUUCUUCUAGGACUCCUGCUCUCUUAAACUAUAAUUGUAGGGAAAUGAGCAAAUUAAAUAUUUGACCUACCUUUAA